CCGCGUGCUGCGCAGGCGCAGAGGGCCUGGCGCCGGAGCCGCCAUCAUGGCCAGCGUGAACCCGGUGCCUAAACUUUACAGAUCUGUAAUUGAAGAUGUAAUUGAAGCAGUACGGAAUCUGUUUGCUGAAGAAGGUGUAGAGGAACAGGUCUUAAAAGACCUAAAGCAGCUCUGGGAAACCAAGAUCCUGCAGUCUAAGGCAACAGAAGACUUCUUUAGGCAUAGUGUCCGUCCACCUGUGUUCACCUUCCAGCUGCCACAUGGCUUGCACCAAGCAGUGCAGUCACCAACAGCCUCAAUAAUUAUUCCUACUGGUAGAACUCUUCCAAGUUUUACCACAGAACUGGGCACCUCAACUCCCAGCACAAAUUUGACUUUUCCUGGUUAUCCUGUUCACGUACCAGCAGGUGUGACAUUACAGUCUGCAUCCGGUCACCUUUAUAAAGUCAGUGUGCCAAUUAUGGUGACACAGACUUCCGGAAGAGCAAAUAUUCUUCAGCAUCCAUUCCAGCAAGUAUUUCAGCCGUUUGGGCAGCCUUCUCUGAUACCAGCCAGAGUUCCCCGACUGGGCCUAUGCUCUCUUCAAGCAACAACUGAAAAAUCACAGAGAGUAGAGACUAUGCUUCAGCAACCCACUAUUCUUUGUUCUGGACCCAGGAGCAGGAGGCGCUUAGAAAAUGGCACCAGUGAUACAGCUGUGCCUGGAAAUGAGUAUAAAAUUCUGUCCGAUGCUUUGUUGAGUCAGCAGGCGAGCUCUCAGUUUGUCUGUCUUGAAGGCGGUGCUUUUCCUCUGCAGGUCUCAGAGACACAUCCCAAUGUGGAGUCAGGGCUUUGUGUUGCAGCCAGCAUGUCUCCAAAUCUGCCUGGUGGGAUUCCUCACCAGCGUGGGGAUGCUCAGCUUCAUGUGCUUCCAAACAGGAUAUAUGAGUAUGAUUCGGUGAAGCAACAGAGAAACACAGAGGAGCCACACAGUCGCCCUGGAUCAGUGAAGGAGUCUGUUUCUCAAGUGGAUUUCAACAUUCAGGCAGCUGAUGAAGAUACUAAUGAAAUAAUUCAAAUAGAUGGGACUGAUGAUACAUCUUCCAAUGAAGAACUGGAAGGCACAAGAGAUGUAGAGGAGAGUGAAUUUCCAGGGAUUAUUGAUGUAGGAGAUCUGAAAGUACUUGAAGAAGAAGCUGACAGUAUAUCAAAUGAAGAUUCAACCGCAAACAGCAGUGAGAAUGAAGACUCUCAAAUAGCCAUUGUGGAAGAGGAUCCUUUAAAUUCUGGCGAUGAUGUUAGUGAGCAGGAUGUGCCAGACCUGUUUGACACGGAUAAUGUAAUUGUCUGUCAGUAUGAUAAGAUUCAUCGAAGCAAGAACAAGUGGAAGCUCUGUUUGAAAGAUGGUGUUAUGUGUUUUGGAGGGAGAGACUAUGUAUUUGCAAAAGCCAUUGGUGAUGCAGAGUGGUAAACCUUAUGAGCACAGCAUAUUAACUGUGUAAACAACAGCCAGGCUCUAUUUUAGGUUUUGAAGAUUAUUUCUGUUUUAAAUACAGUCCAGAUCAGAGCUGCUCACAUUUUUUUAUUUCACUCUAUGGAAUUUAAUAAAAUUAUAGAUGCAGGUACCAUUA